UGAGCGUGUGUGUAUGUGUGUGUCUGUCCGUGUGACUCGUAAUAUGUGUCAAAUAGUGAGGGGAGACUUUUUUAUGUAGGCGACUAAAGCGAAUGUGUUUAACACCAGAGGUCAGAAAGACAGAGAUUUGUCGAAGUAACGAGUUUUAAUCUGAAACCCGCUCCACAAUACCGACACAUAUGCGAAAGUAGCGGAUUUUUUGAGUAAAACAAAGAUUUGUCAAGGGAACUUCUGUCAAGAGGGGAAGGAAAUAAGCCGGACACACCAGAAGAGGAUAUUUAUUUGGGGAAAUCGUAAUAUGAAAAAGGAGCAGGUCGAGAUAUUAGGUUUUGUCCCUCAGAAAGAGAUCGUCUAUAACAAACUUCUCCCGUACGCAGACAAACUACACCGCGAAUCCAAUGACAUUUUGGCCCAGAUUAAAGGGAACUUGGGUCGGGCUGUCCAGCUCCGUGAGUUAUGGCCCGGAGUUUUACUUUGGACUCGGAAACUCUCCACAUACCUUCGGCUGUAUGGGAGAAAGUUCAGCAAGGAGGAUCAUGUGCUCUUCAUCAAGCUUCUGUACGAGCUGGUCACCAUCCCCAAGCUGGACAUCAGCAUGAUGCAGAGCUUUGCACGACUCCUCAUCAAUUUACUGAAGAAGAAAGAACUGCUGUCCCGGGAUGACUUGGAAUUGCCUUGGAGGCCUUUGUACGAUCUCUAUGAGAGUAUCCUGUACUCAAAAACUGAGCAUCUCGGUCUUAACUGGUUUCCAAAUUAUCGAGCAGAAGCCUCAACUAAACAAAAAAUGCUUAAUAUUGUGCGCAAGCGCUCAGUGGAGAAUGUGUUGAAGACACUAGUCAAGAGCUGCAGACUUUAUUUCCCUGAGUCCGCUACACAGGAGAUGCUUGAUGAGUGGCGGCCAUUACUGUGCCCGUUUGAUGUCACUAUGCAGAAGGCCAUUAGCUACUUUGAGCUCUUCUUGCCCACCAUCAUGCCCCCAGAACAGCAUCACAAAGGCUUCAAGUUAUGGUUUGAUGAAAUGAUGGAUCUCUGGGUUUCAGUGCAAAACCUGCCUGCUUGGGAGGGUAAUUUAGUGAAUAUUUUUGCACGUCUGGCUAAUGACAACAUUGGCUAUGUGAACUGGGAUCCGUACAUUCCCAAGAUCUUCACUAGGGUUCUGCGUAGCUUCAAUCUCCCUGUUGGCACCAGCCAAAUGAUCGUUCCCAGAUAUUUGAGCAACUCCUACGAUAUCGGUCACGUGGUCCUCUGGAUUUCCUCCAUGCUAGGCGGCCCACAAAACCAGGUCCAGAAACAGCUUAAUGGGCUCUUCAGUAGUAUAGCAUCUUUCUACCACCCUUCAAAUAAUGGGCGCUGGCUGAUGAAGCUGAUGAAGCUUCUACAGCGUCUGCCUGCCAGUGUUGUUCGGCGGCUACAUCGGGAGCGCUAUAAGAAACCCUGCUGGAUCACCCCUGUUCCCGCCAGUCACAGACUCACGGACCAAGAUGUGACAGACUUUGUGGAGAGCAUGAAGCAGCCGGUACUGAUGGCCAUGUUCAGCAAAACAGGCAGCAUGGAUGCAGCUCAGGCCUUGCAGAACCUGGCCCUGAUGAGACCAGAGCUGGUCAUCCCACCUGUGCUGGAGAAGACGUAUCCUGCUAUGGAGACACUGACAGAGCCACACCAGCUUACUGCCACUCUCAGCUGCAUGAUUGGUAUGGCCCGCAGUCUUCUCAGUGGUGGCCGACAUUAUCCCGAAGGUCCCGCGCACGUCCUGCCCCUGCUAAUGAGAGCACUGCCUGGUGUUGACCCUAAUGACUUCAGCAAAUGCAUGAUCACGUUCCAGUUCAUUGCUACUUUUACUACUUUAGUGCCUUUGGUGGAUUGUUCAUCAGCCCUCCAUGAGAAGAAUGACUUGACAGAGAUGGUGAGAGAGUUGUGUUCGGCUUCUGCUGAGUUUGAAGACUUUGUUCUGCAGUUUAUGGACAGGUGUUUUGCAUUGAUUGACAGCAGCACUCUGGAGCAGACGCGCGAGGAGACGGAGACCGAGAAAAUGACUCAUUUAGAGAGUCUGGUGGAGCUGGGCCGAGAGACUGUGGCUCUCGAGAAAGUCUUCAACUUUGCCACCACCAACAUCUUUGAGACUCGUGUCGCAGGCAGGAUGGUGGCAGACAUGUGCAGAGCGACUGCUAAGUGUCACCCUGCUGAGUCUCUCAGGCUGUUUGUACCACACUGCUGUAACGCCAUUACUCAUCUAACUGCCAAUGAAGAUGUUUCAAAUGAGGAAGAACUGGAUAAAGAACUGCUCUGGAACCUUCAGUUGCUUUCUGAGGUGAGUCGUGUGGAUGGAGAAAAGCUCCUCCCGUACCGCACACAGCUGGUGCAGAUUCUGCAGCUGACCCUGCGUUUGCGCUGUAAGCAGGGCUACAGUCUGGCCUGCAACCUGCUGCACCAUAUCCUGCGUUCCACAGCACUCACCUACCCCACAGACUACUGCAGUGUGCCCGGCGGCUUUAACAGACCCCUGCAAGAGUACUUGCCCAUUAAGGACUGGGGUCGUCCGGGGGACCUUUGGAACCUGGAGAUCCAGUGGCAUGUGCCCAGCGCAGAGGAGACAGCAUUUGUGUUCUAUGUUCUGGACCUGCUGCUGCAGCCUGAGCUCCAGCGUCUGCAGAAAUAUGCACAGGGAGAACAGGACAUGAGCAGAGAUGACGUUCUUCAGAGUCUGUUUAUAGUCCAGCACUGUCUGCUGGGUGCUGGCAGCAUGCUCCCCCCUCUUGAUGGACGCACAGUCACCGGCCUUGUACCCAGCAUGGUUAGUUUGGAGGAAACAAAGCUGUACAUUGGUGUUGACUACGAUGAGUCCAGAGAGAACUACCGUGAGGCCAUCUGUAAAGUGAUGAGACAGUUGCUACAUUACAUUCUGGAACACUCAGAGGAUGACACCAAAUCCCUUUUCGCCAUUAUCAAGAUCAUCAGUGACUUGAUGCACUUCAGAGGUUCCCAUAAACAUGAGUUUGACUCUCGCUGGAAGAGUUUCACCUUGGUGAAGAAGUCGAUGGAGAACAGGCUUCAUGGGAAGAAACAGCACAUCCGAGCUCUUCUUAUUGACAGAGUUCUUCUUCAGCAUGAGAUGCGAAAGUUGCUGGUCGAGGGGUGUGAAUAUAAGACUGUUCAUCGGGACCUGUUGAGGGACCUUUUGCGUCUUUCCACCAGCACCUACAGCCAGGUCCGCAGCAAGGCCCAAAAUGUGUUGUUCACAGCUUUGGGGACCUAUAACUUCUGCUGCCGAGACAUUACUCCACGUGUCCUGGAGCUACUGGAGCCCACACGAACUGAUGUCACCCAGCAACAGUUCAAGGGGGCACUGUACUGCUUGCUUGGGAACCAUUGUGGAGUGUGCCUUGCUAACCUACAUGACUGGGAUUGCAUCGCUCAGACGUGGCCGUCCAUAGUGCGCUCAGGCCUCAGCUCAGCUAUGUCUCUAGAGAAGCCCUCCAUUGUCAGACUCUUCGAUGACCUUGCAGACAAAGUCCACCGGCAGUACGAGACCAUCGGCAUCGAUUUUACAGUACCUGAGAGUGCAGUUUUGCUAGGCCGGCACAUCACUGAUUCAAGCCAACCCACUCCACACAUUGGCACUCCCACAGAACAGGAGCUGGAGCAGGGACUGGCACUUCAACAAGACAAAAACCAUGAGGCAGUGCAGAAAUAUGAAAAGAUUGUGAGAGACCUGUUGGAAUGUCUAGAUGACAGGGACCUGCCUUGGAAGUUUGAGCACAUUGCUAUUGGCUUCCUGUCUCUACUGCUAAGAGAUGACUAUCCCCUCCCGGCCCCAGCGGUGCUCUUCUUUGUACAGAGCCUCAACCAUGAUGCACUUGUUGUUCGCAAGAUGGCGAUCGCCGCAAUGGCAGGCAUACUGAAACAGCUGAAGAGACCGCGCAAGAAAAUACCUGUUAGUCCCUGUGAUAUAAGUGGGGUAACGGAGCCGGAGGGGCUGGUGGCAGGAGACAAGCCGGGGAAUGACUGGCUGCAGUACCAUGGUGACAGCCUGCCGAACACCCAGCAGGACUGGGACAAUUUCUGCUUUGUAGAGAAGACACACUGGGGCUACUACUGCUGGCCAAAGAAUUUGAUGGUAUAUGCCCCAGCAGCGGAGCAGCCCAAGGAUCUUUCCGCUGAGAACAUGAAUGAGAGGGAGCGCGUCAUCUAUGACCAUUUCACAGAACCCAUGUUCAUCAAACAGCUCAUUGAGUUCCUGUCUCUUGAGGACCGAAAGGGCAAAGACAAGUUCAAUCCUCGUCGCUUCUGUCUCUUCAAGGGACUUUUCCGGAACUACAGUGAUGCUUUCCUGCCUGUUCUAAAGCCUCAUAUGGAGCGGCUGGCAAAUGACUCUCACGAGAGCACCCAGCGCUGUGUGGCUGAGAUCAUUGCAGGACUGGUUAGAGGCAGCAAGCACUGGAGCUUCAGCAAGGUGGAGACAUUAUGGAAAUUCCUGAUUCCUUUGAUGCGAACGGCACUGUCCAAUAUUACUGUCGAGACCUAUGCUGACUGGGGUACCUGUGUGGCAACCGCCUGUGAGAGCCGAGAUCCACGAAAGCUUCACUGGCUUUUUGAGAUGCUGAUGGAGUGUCCUCUCAGUGGGGAAGGUGGAUCGUUUGUAGAUGCCUGCCACCUAUACGUGCUGCAAGGUGGUCUGGCACAGCAGGAGUGGAGGGUCCCAGAGCUGCUACACAGAUUGCUUAGUUACCUGGAGCCCAAACUCACUCAGGUUUAUAAGAAUGUGAGAGAGCGCAUUGGCAGUGUGCUGACGUACAUUUUCAUGAUUGACGUCACCCUGCCACACACUCUGCCUACUAAGUCACCACACAUUGCGGAGUUUACUGAAAGGAUCUUGUCUCAGCUGAAGCCCCUGAUUGAGGGAGACGAGGAGAUCCAGAACCACGUGGUGGAGGAGAACGGAGUGGGGGAGCAGGACGAGAGGACCCAGGCCAUCAGACUCCUCAAAACUGUUCUGAAGUGGCUGAUGGCCAGUGCGGGGCGCUCCUUCUCUACUCCAGUACCUCAGCAACUGCAGCUGCUCCCCCUGCUCUUUAAGAUCGCUCCUGUAGAAAAUGAUGACAGCUAUGAUGAGCUGAAAAGGGACGCAAAGAUGUGCCUGUCCCUCAUGUCUCAGGGUCUCCUCUAUCCUGAGCAGAUCCCUACGGUACUGAAGGUGCUACAUGAGAUUGCUGGCAGCAGCUCUUGGCAUGCACGAUUCUCAGUGCUAACAUACCUCCAGAUAAUGGUGUUCUAUAAUCUCUUCACCAUACUGAGCAAUGAGCAGGCUGUUCAGGACGUAAGAGCACUGGUCAUCAGGCUACUGGAGGAUGAGCAGCUGGAGGUGAGAGAGAUGGCUGCCACCACUCUCAGUGGCUUCUUGCAGUGUAACUUCUUGGCAAUGGAUGCCUCCAUGCAGACUCACUUUGAGGCUCUAUGCAAAACCAGAUUACCCAAAAAGAGGAAGAGAGGCUCUGUGGUGGACACCAUUCCUUCAGUUGAUCUGGUACGGCGUCACGCCGGUGUGCUGGGACUCAGUGCUUGCAUCUUAUCCAGCCCGUAUGAUGUCCCAACCUGGAUGCCUCAGCUCCUCAUGGACCUCAGUGCACACCUCAACGACACGCAGCCUAUUGAGAUGACCGUGAAAAAGACUCUGUCUAAUUUCCGCCGUACUCAUCACGACAACUGGCUGGAGCACAAGCAGCAGUUCACAGACGACCAGCUUGUGGUGCUCACAGACCUUCUCGUGUCACCCUGCUACUAUGCAUAGACGGGUUGCAACAAUGUUGCUGCAGGUUUUAGUUUGUUUUUGUUGUAGUUUUUUUUAUUUCAUAUUCAAAUAAAAUAUUUUAUGCAUUCAUGAGGAUGGGAUGGGAGGACACAGAUGCUCAGGAUCUCAGCAUCUAUAGCAGAACCUCUCGAAUACAGACCCAGGAGCCCACUAAACCAUGAGCACAUGAUGAGAGGAGGGCAGGAGGCACGUAUAGGCACGAAGGAGACACGAGAUGAGUAAUUUAACAGCCUAGACGUACGUACUGUUUGUAUGUAUAUAUCUAUCCCAAAUUUUUGCAUUUCAACUAUACUUAAUAUUUAAGGUUUACCAGUGCAGGAAUGUAUGGCCUGCAGUCUGUAAUAUUAUUGUACAGAUAGAUUAUUUUUUUCCUCUAUAAUCCUGUGUGUUGACAUGAACUGUGUGAUGGACUGAAUGCCUAUGGAUCGCCCCAUAAAUCCAACUCCAAAGCCCCCAUGAUGCUCUCUGCCGUGAGGUUCUCAGCGAUCUGAGCAUGUGAAGAUAGUCCAACGACUGAAUCCAUUACGUUUAGUAAUUUGAAAACCACUUUUCUGCAUUUAACUGGAAGAUUUUUCAUCUUUUAGCAUUUUGUUUUCAGUAAACAUUUUACAUCUAGCAGCAUAUGAUUCUUUGUUGAGUGGGAUAGAGACAUUUUUUUUAACGCCAGCAUCUUUUCAACCUAAUCCUCCACAGUAAUCUGAUGCGGCAGGCACCUCUUUGGGAAAAAUAAAGUGUUGGCGAUGGUUGCUCAACACAUUAUUAACUUGAUGAAGAAUAUAUUCGGGCUGAGCUCUCGUUAUUUAUCACCACAUGAGGACGCAAGUCUGAGUACUCUGAAGUUAUUGUGGUAUGUGUGUCUGAAGGUAGCUGUGACAUUGUCCUGUAGCUCUCUGCUCACAUGCCAUCAUAACAGGGUUUUGUUUUGUGUCCUAUUUAUAUGUGUAUGUAUGUAUUCAUGUACUGUACAUAUGCAUUUAUCUAUGCAUAAACGACUGACACGUCUUCUAGCGAGAGCAGCCAGACCGGAUCCAGUAUGGGAGUUUGUGGAAGGCGGCGGGAUACGUGUACAUGUCGGUGUGAGUGUGCAUGUUUGUAGUUUGACCAAAUUGAUCACAUUUUGAUCCAUUUCUUAUUGGCAUGUGACAGAAUCCAGGAUUGUUUUUUUUUUCUUCUGUCACUGUUUACUCCAGCCUCAGUACAGAACCACUUCAGAUUGUCCUCUGAAUCACACAAGGCACCAGGAAGGGCUUCAGGUUCUACUAUGGUUAGCUCCGUUUUACAUUUGCAAGUGUACAUAACAGAAACAUUAUUUAGCUUAGUGCCAAAACUGCAGUGAUUUUCUCUAUUUUUUAUUAUUUUUUUAGAUGUUUGCUUUGUUUUACUCUCAA